AUGAUUCUUGAUUAUGCAGAAGGUGGAAAUUUUGAUCAUUGGGCAAAUAAAAAUUACAAAAAUUUUGAUUGGUCAUAUAAAUUAACAACUUUAUGGAAUAUUAUUAAAGGUCUUAAAGAAAUUCAUCAAAAUCAGAUGGUUCAUCGCGAUUUUCAUACAGGAAAUAUAUUAUUAAAUGCUAUUUAUGUUAAUAGUUUAAAUGAUAAUAGUGUAUAUAUUUCAGAUAUGGGAUUAUGUGGAAAAGUUAAUGAUAUUAAUCAAAAUAAUAUUUAUGGAGUUAUGCCUUAUGUAGCUCCUGAAAUAUUAAAAGGAAAACUUUAUACUCAAGCAGCAGAUAUAUAUAGCUUUGGUAUGACUAUGUAUUUUGUAGGAACUGGAAAACAGCCAUUUUCUGAUUGUGCACAUGAUCAAUAUUUAGCAAUAAAUAUAUGCAACGGAGUUAGACCUGAAGUAAAUGAACCAGAAAUACCAAAAUGUUAUGGUGAAUUAAUGAAAAAUUGUUGGGAUUCAAAUCCAGACAAUAGACCAAAAAUAGCUGAAAUUCUUGAAUUAAUUGAUCUAUUUUUUUAUUCAUAUAAUGAUGAAUGA